AAAUAAGGAGAGGAGAGAGAGAGAGAGAGAGAUAGGCUAGAAAGAUAAAAGAGGAUAGAGAUAGAACCUUACAACUCUGUUUCAAUGGCUUCCCCUUUAUCAUCUUCCAUUUUCUCUCCAAAUUUCACUCAUUUGUACCAAAAUAAAGCUUUCUUCCAUAGCCAUCUUCCACUUCGUUCCCCAAUUUAUGCUACACUCAAUCGCAUUGCCUCGAAGAAGAAUGCUUCCAUGCUCCUUGAUGGGUUUUCAGUCAUGCAGGAAUUGACAAAGAGGCCAACUGCUCCUUCCAUUUUGUCAACACAUUUGGAGAGUACAGUCAAGCAAUUUCAGAGUUUAAUGGCGGUGAUCGUUAUCUUUACUGAAGUUGCAUCUCCAAUACCUUUGUAUGGUUUGCAAGAUUUGUCCAUUUCUCCUGCCGAGGCUGUGCUUUAUUCCCCUGAAACAAAAACUCUCCCUAGAACAGGAGAAUUAGCUCUCAGAAGAGCUAUCCCAGCCAACACAAAUAUGAAAACUAUACAGGAUUCUCUUGAGGAUAUCUCGUACUUGCUCAGGAUUCCACAGCGAAAACCUUUCGGAACAAUGGAGGGUAAUGUGAAGAAAGCGCUUAAGAUUGCAACAGAUGAAAAGGCAUCCAUCUUGGCUAGCAUCCCAGCUGAACUGAAAGAAGAGGGCUCAGUCUUGUACACAUCUCUUGUAGACGGAAAGGGUGGAUUACAGAAGCUUCUACAGUACAUAAAGGAUAAAGAUCCAGAUAAAGUAUCCGUUUGUCUAGCAUCUACAUUGGAUACUAUUGCACAGCUGGAGUUGUUACAGGCCCCAGGCUUAUCAUUUUUGUUGCCUCAGCAGUACUUGAAAUACCCAAGGCUCACAGGGAGAGGAAUAGUUGAAUUUACAGUUGAGAAAGUUGAUGGUUCAGCAUUUUCUCCUGAAUCUGCUGGUGAAGCCAAAAGCACUGCAAAAAUUCAGGUUGUUAUAGAUGGGUUUUCAGCACCACUGACUGCAGGAAACUUUGCAAAACUGGUGGUUGAUGGGGCAUAUGAUGGAAUGAAGCUAACUUGUGCAAACCAAGCAAUUCUUUCGGACAGCGAGGUGGGAAAGACCACCGGGUACAGUGUUCCCUUGGAAAUCAAGCCAGCCGGACAAUUUGAGCCUCUUUACAGAACAACAUUAAGCAUUCAGGAUGGGGAGCUGCCUGUGCUUCCGUUAUCCGUUUAUGGUGCUGUUGCAAUGGCUCAUAGUGAUGUAUCAGAUGAGAAUUCAUCACCAAGUCAGUUCUUCUUCUACCUUUACGAUAAGAGAAAUUCUGGCUUGGGAGGAUUAUCAUUUGAUGAGGGUCAAUUUUCGGUCUUCGGAUAUACAACUGUUGGGAGAGAUAUCCUUCCUCAGAUCAAAACCGGUGACAUAAUUCGAUCUGCAAAAAUGGUGGAAGGACAAGACCGCCUCGUUUUACCACCACAGGAUAACUAACCUUAUUAUAUCCUCAAUUUUUUUGAAUGUUCAACAUGUCAUUCUUCAUUGCCUGUCAUUUAUUAGUACCCAAAAAAUGGAUGCUGCUUCUUGUAAAACAGAACAAAUGAAAAUGUUUGAUUCUUGAUGAUAAUAUAUUGGAUAUUAUGGACUA